AUGGCAGUAAGUCUGUGUACAAAUAUAAAAGUCAUAGGAGAACAGCUUCAUUGGGGCGGUACAUUAAACGAUUUAAAAGAAUUCGUGUCAAAUGAAUUGAAACUUUCUGGCGGAUGGACGUCGCCUGAUGGUGAAGUCAAGCUGUUCACUAGUGAUACAGCCAAUGUGAGUUUGAAAUGGCAUGGUAAAACCACGAAAUCGAUUACCCUGUUUGGAGAUUCAAUAGAAACAAACAAUCUAAGUAAGUUACUAUCGACUAUAUAUGUGUAAAGAAAAGCCCGAGAAUCUGGUUAACGAUGCUGUUAAAUGGCAAGGCUUCGAUGAUUUCAAACAGCAAAUGUUGGAAUUCACUGCAAACACGAACACGACAAUGGAAAGCCUUAGAACUGAGGUGAAUCAAUUAAAAUUUAAAGUUGAUCCGUUGCUUACUUCAGAGAACGUCGUUGAUGAGCUAAGGAACGACAAACUUAGUCUCAUGAAAGAAAACUCUGAGUUGUGCGAGAAAAUGUUGAACCUUAGUUCUUGAACCUGAACGAGACAGUUUAAUAACAGCACUUAAAUUACAGCAACAGGAUAUCGAACAAAAUCGAACCACCACUCAAAAGCGCCUUGCAGAAUGGAAAACAACGUCGGCUCCGAAGAACAAAGACAAUCAAGCAUCUGCUACAUUGAACUUGCACAAAAGUUUUGACACCUUAGACGAUGAGUUGGACGAAGGAAAUGGGGAACAACAUCCAAGUAUAAUUAACCUUGACAUUAGUCAACAAUCCGAUCCUGAUCAUCAACCAACCGAAGACAAUAACACCUCAACUGGGAGUAAUAACGGCGGAACCCUAACUGGACACAUAACAGAUCGUAGGAACCAAAACAAAGAAAAAUCACAGGAAGCAAAACAAAACAUAGUCAUCAUUGGUUAUUCCAUUGUAAAACACAUUUUUCCAACAAAUUUGUCUGAGAAAAAGGUGCAAAAAUUUACUUAUCUUGGUAAAACGGCCUCAGAAAUAAACAAUAAACUCAAUACAAUCGAAUCAAACCUAACGCCUUGCCACGUUGUAGUGCAUGCGGGAACAAACAAUAUCCCUUCGCAAUCCGUGGACGAAUGUAUAAACGACAUUGAAGAACUUAUUGUUGGAGUGAAGGAGAAAUUUCCUAAUUCAAAAAUUGGUAUAUCUGGUAUUACAACAAGACAAGACAUCGACUCGACAUCAAAGGUUAAUGAGGUCAACGAGAAGAUCAAGGCCAUCUCACUGAAGCAUAGUGUUAAAUUUAUUGACAACUCAUCUUUGGACGAAACCUCUCUAAACUCCAGUAAGCUCACUUGA